AUGAUACUGGUUAAUAAUUUGGACUGGUUCACCUCAGCAGACACAUUCAACAGCAGUAAGGGUUUUUGUAUCACUCAGUUUCACUGUGGGGGCGGGGGAUACUACUACAUCUUUGGCUCUGGAACUAAACUGAUUGUAACAGAUGAGCCGGUAGUGAAGCCCGUGGUGAGCGUGUACCCAGCAGCAUCCAGAGCCCACCUGGAGGGGAAGAGCGCCCUGGCAUGUCUGGCCUCAGCCAUGUUUCCUCCUCUGGUCCAGUUCUCCUGGAAAAGACGAAAGGAGAAUGGUCCUCUGCAGGAGCUGCCCCCUGCUGAGAGAGAACAGCUGGAGAUCAGAAAGUCUGGAUGCACCGCCUCCAUCUUGCUGAUCCAUCAGCAAGAGAAGAGCAAAUAUAAAUACCGCUGCUACGUCCAGCACGAGGGGGGGACAGUGGAGGCCGAAACACAACAAGAGGUUUCUACUCUUCCACCAUCACCACCAUCUCUUCCACCAGCAGCUUCUGUCCCGUCUCAGUACCUCAGACAGUGGAAGUCCAAACAGUGGAGGCCCAAACAGAACAAGAGGUUUCUACUAUUCCACCAUCAGCUUCUGUCCUGUCUCAGUACCAAGUGAAGUUGUUCUGUCUGCUGUACACACAGCUGAUAGUGAAGAGUCUGGUGUACUGCUGUGGACUCUCUCUGCUGAUGAUCCUCAGAAACAAGGGACCGUCCACCAGCUGAACACAUGCUGACUGUUUUCUGCUCGCCUUUUCUCGCCAUCAAAUCUCAUAAAUUCAUCUAAUUUAUCACUUUGAUCAGUAUUGACAAAUAUCAAUUAUGACUUGUUGUAGUUGUCAUUCUAAACAUACUUAUUCAUGAACAUAUUUUUUAAGUUACUAAGAAUGAAUUCUGUGUAGUGUUAUUGUAAUACUAUUUUAUACUGAUUAUUUCUUUAAAUUGUGACUUGUAUAUUGAUAGAAAAUGAAUGUAAAUUAUCAGCUGUCUGGUAGAUAUUUUAUAGUGUAUAGUAUUUUUUUAGUUGUUUCUUUUUAAUACAUUAUGCAAAGCUUUGUCAAAUUCUUUCAUUGUUACGUUCUCAAUAAACUGUAAAAUCUAAAUUUUCUAUCUUUUAUAUAAGAACCCUCAUUUUCAUGAAUUUGAUUUAAUUGAUCAGAAACAGAAACAACGUCAUUGGCCGUGUAUGUUGACACCUACAAAUGAUUUGGAAGAUAUGAAUUUAAGCAAACAGUUAAACAAAGAUAAAACAUAUAUACACACAGCUGUUAUAUAUAAGUCAGUAGUCAAUAUUAUC